AUGAUUCCCAUAUGUCCUGUUGUAUCCUUCACCUAUGUGCCCAGCCGGCUUGGUGAAGAUGCCAAAAUGGCUACCGGCAAUUACUUUGGAUUCACACACGGCGCUGCCGCACAGUAUAGUCAGCAGCCAGCUGCCGGGGUAGCCUACACACAUCCCACCACGGUGGCCAGUUAUACAGUUCAUCAAGCACCUGUGGCAGCUCACACUGUGGCUGCAGCCUAUGCUCCAACAGCAGCCACUGUAGCCGUUGCCCGACCUGCGCCUGUUGCUGUGGCUGCCGCUGCUACUGCUGCAGCGUACGGGGGAUACCAGCCAACUCAUGCUGCGGCCGACUAUGGCUACACUCAGCGGCAGCCUGAAGUUCCACCACCGCCACCUCCAGUCACUUCUCAAACAUACCAGGAAUCCUACUCCUAUGUCCGGUCAACAGCUUCUGCUGUAGCAUAUGAGAGCAAGCAGUACUAUCAGCAGCCAACUGCUACUGCAGUGGUGGCGGCGGCUGCCGCUCAGCCACAACAAACAGUUGCAGAUUCCUACUAUCAAACAGCCCCCAAACCAGGGUAUAGUCAGGGGGUAUCGUCAUACAGCCAGACCCAGCAGACACGUCAGGUGACUGUGAUAAAGCCAGCAGCACCCAGUCCUGCGACAUCCUCUUUCUCCAUCUACCCUGUGACCUCCACUGUCCAACCUGUGGCUGCAGCUGCGUCGGUUGUCCCGUCAUAUUCCCAGAGUCCAACUUACAGCACAAAUGCUGUCACCUACUCUGGAACUUCAUAUUCUGGAUAUGAAGCAGCAGUGUAUUCAGCAGCUUCAAGUUAUUAUCAGCAACAGCAGCAGCACCAGAAACAGGCAGCAGCUGCUGCAGCUGCAAGUGCAGCAUGGACCGGGAGCACUUUCACCAAGAAGCCUCCCUUUCAGAAUAAGCAACUCCGACCCAAGCAGCCACCAAAACCCCCUCAAAUCCACUAUUGUGAUGUCUGUAAGAUCAGCUGUGCUGGCCCUCAGACUUACAAGGAGCACUUGGAAGGCCAGAAGCACAAGAAGAAGGAAGCAACACUGAAAGUUUCGCAGAACAGCAGCAGUGGCAGUGGUAGUGGUAGUGGGUUAUUGGCCCGAAGUUCUCAGAACCAACUCCGUUGCGAGCUUUGUGAUGUUUCCUGCACUGGUGCAGAUGCUUAUGCUGCUCAUAUUCGGGGAGCCAAACAUCAGAAGGUUUUGAAGCUUCAUACCAAACUUGGAAAGCCUAUUCCCUCGACUGAACCCAGCAUGGUGACUCAGACUUCGUCCUCGAGCACAUCUGCUCCAAGCAAGUCCAUCACUUCAACCUUGAACAGCUCCUCUACCGGUAGCUCUCUCGGUGUGGCUGCGUCUUCAUCCGGUACUACCUAUCUAAAACCUGGGAGCCUCGUCAGCAGUGGCGUGAUUGGUGUUAAGAACCAAUUAGCCGGCAAUUUGUCCGCCGCCAACUCUGCUGCAGCCGGAAAGAAAGUCAACACAGCCAAGAUCAAUUUUGUUGGUGGAAAUAAAUUGCAAACUACAGGAAAGCCUGAUGAGUGUAAAGGUGAUGCCUCCAAGACUUCGUCUUCCUUGGGUGCUGCAGAUACCAAAACUGAGGUAUCCGAAUCUCUGUCAGCCCUGGCUGCACUGCAGAGUGAUGUCCAGCCUGUUGGCCACGAUUAUGUUGAAGAGGUCCGAAAUGAUGAAGGCAAAGUCAUCCGCUUUCAUUGCAAGCUCUGUGAAUGUAGUUUUAAUGAUCCAAAUGCAAAGGAAAUGCAUCUCAAGGGACGUAGACAUCGCCUGCAAUACAAGAAAAAGGUUAACCCAGAUCUGCAGGUGGAGGUAAAGCCUAGCAUCAGAGCAAGAAAGAUUCAAGAAGAAAAGAUGAGGAAGCAGAUGCAGAAAGAGGAAUACUGGAGAAGACGAGAGGAAGAGGAACGUUGGAGAAUGGAAAUGAGGCGAUAUGAAGAAGACAUGUACUGGAGACGUAUGGAGGAAGAACAGCACCACUGGGACGAGCGCCGUCGUGGACCAGAUGGAGGCUACCCACAGGGUCCCCCUGGCCCUCCAGGUCUACUUGGAGUCAGGCCUGGUAUCCCAGGUUUACAGCCACACGGUCCUAUGCCCCCACGCCGGCCUGACUCUUCAGAUGACCGCUAUGUCAUGACCAAGCAUGCUUCCAUCUACCCUUCGGAGGAGGAGCUGCAAUCUAUUCAAAAAAUUGUGUCAAUAACCGAGCGGGCCCUCAAACUGGUCUCUGACAUCAUAACAGACGAGGACAAUAUCAAGGACGAAGAUGACAAAGAAAAGAAAGAAGCCUCAAAAGAUCGGAGUGACAUUGACAGAGCCCUGAGGGGUGUCAUGAGGGUGGGAGUCCUGGCCAAAGGAUUGCUCCUUCGUGGGGACAAGAAUGUCAACUUAGUCCUCCACUGCUCUGAGAAACCCACCAAGACUCUUCUUACACGAAUUGUGGAGCUCCUCCCCAAACAACUCGCAAUUGUAGCCCCAGAAAAAUAUGAUGUUAAAGGAUCUCUUCAAGAAGCAGCCAUCAUUCUUACCUCCUCUACAGAGCCAAAGAUGCAAGUGACCAUCACUUUGACUUCACCUGUCAUCAGAGAGGAGACCGGCCAGGACGGAGAUGUAACUUCGGGUUUGGUGAAAGACCCAGCGGACGUCUUGGACAGGCAAAAAUGCCUUGACGCUCUGGCUGCUCUGCGCCACGCUAAGUGGUUCCAGGCUAGAGCAAAUGGACUGCAGUCAUGCGUGAUCAUCAUUCGGAUACUCCGAGACCUCUGUCAACGUGCUCCUACAUGGUCGGCGUUCCCAGGAUGGGCCUUGGAGCUGCUCGUGGAAAAGGCCAUCAGUAGUGCCUCGGCGCCACUUAGCCCUGGCGAUGCUCUCAGGCGUGUCUUUGAAUGUAUUUCUUCGGGCAUACUACUCUCUUGUGGGCCCGGACUGAUGGAUCCCUGUGAAAAGAGUGUCGUAGAUACCCUGGCUGCUAUGGGAGAGCAGGAGAGAGAGGACGUAACCUUAAGUGCCCAAUUUGCGCUGAGACUGUUGGCAUUCCGUCACAUUCAUAAGGUUUUGGGGAUGGAUCCUCUGCCGCAGACGAACCCUCGAUUCGGCGUCAAUAGCAGUCGCAAGCGUCGCCACGAGAACAGCGACGGGGCAGACAGCUUUGAGGGUGAAGGCAAAAAGGAUAAGAAGGAUUAUGAUAUUUUGUAA